AUGAAAGUUAUAAUAGUUUUUAUUUGGCUCAAUUAUCUAGAGUAUGCUUUAGGAACUUCAGGAAGAUAUAAAUUAUCUGGUUUAUCUCCUGAAGACAUAUGGUCGCAUAUGAGAAGAUCUUCUUUAUCAUCAAUUAACUCAAAUACUUCAUUAUUAGUUAAGGAUCUACCUGAAAAGUACUCAAGUCAUUUGCUUCACCGAACAAAUAGUGCAGAACAAGCCGUUUAUGUUUGUAUUCAAGUACUAGAAGAUAUUUUACAAAGAACUCGAGUUAGAGUACCUCAUACAAACUAUGUACAACUUCAAUGCCCAAACCCAAGGUCAGAUAUAAAAGUGGGAGGUACCAUUAGCACUAGAAAUGAAGAUUUAUUGGAAAUUAUGAAAAAAUUUUGCAGACUUAUUUUCUCAGGAAUGGAAAAUAAGUAUAAUAUUUUGCAAAGUCCGAUUCCUUCCCCUGCAUCACCCUUGCCAACGUAUCCUUCAGUUCAGCAAUACCCUCUUUCCACUUUUUCAUCUUAUUUUCCUCAUCCUCCCCCCCCCUCCCCUCCUCUUUAUCCUCCCCCUCUUCAUCCUCCUCCCCCUCCACCUCCACCUCCACCUCCACCUCCACCUCCACCUCCACCUCCACCUCCUUCUUCUCAUAGUAGUUCUUCUACUCAUUUACCUAACAAAAAAAGUCUUCAAGUUGGAUUGGAUCCUCAAUCACAGUGGAAUAAACUGGUUUUGGCUACUAAUCCUCGUAAACCCGGUUCAAAACAUAUUACAAAGAUACCCUUACAAGUGUAUACUACCUAUAUUCCUAGUAAUACAGUUUCGGGUUUAGUGGAUAGUUGUAUUACUGUUUUAACUGAGAUUUACUUGCAGUCAAAAGCUUCAAAUUCCUAUACAAUUAAUGUGAAUGGUACAGUGACCUUUUUUGUAGCAUAUAUUCCUCAAGGCUCAGAUAAUUUGGCUAGAGAUGAACUGACUAUUCGUAGUUAUACCGUAAAUGAUAAUGUUAUUUUAAGUAAAAUCAGAUUGUUUUGUGCUGCCGUUUACGAGGAAUAUAGUAAGUCACCUAAUGUAUCUCCUGCUCAAAGACAGUGGACAACUUUAGUAGUUGCUUCUACGUCUAUGGGAAUAUCAAAUGUCAAAGAAUUACCUUCUCAUGCACCAUUUGGCUUUUUAGCUUCAUCAAUAACUCAAAUUAGAUAUUUUGAAUGUGUCAAGGCAAUUAUGAUCCUAUGGCUAAUCGGCACAAAAAAAACCGAAGUCAGGCAUCAAGAAUGGCAGACUAUAUCUGUGAAUUACCUCACAUUAGCUGGAUAUCCAAGCUUUGGGAAAUUCUAUAUCCUCAUGCAAAGAAGCUAUGGAGAAACAAUUUAUAGUGUGAUACUUAAAUCAGUAAAGUUGUUUUGUAAUGGAGCAGUUAAUAAUGGAGAUAAAAUUCCAGAAUCAGAUCUUACAUUUUCCAAUCUAUUUUAUCAUUUUAUUUAUCAAAGUUCAGGGAAAAUUGGAUCAAAAAUAGUGGGAUUGCCAAAAACUUGUCCCUUAUUUCUUAAAAGUAUCCCAUAUCCUGAAGAAAAUGAAAGUGGAUUUGUUUCCAGUUCUUUAGUAAAAUAUUGUGUAAAGUUUAUGGAGAUGAUUUGGGAAAAAAGUAAUAAAACUCCCUUCUUUGAAGGAAUGUAUAAAGGAACAAGAUUAAUUGUUAGUAAUUGGGAUAAUACGAAUAUACCGACAUAUAUAAAUUUAAAAGAUAUUAAUAUGGGCACUCUUCAAACUUCAGAUUAUUUCAGAGAACUCUGUGUAUAUUUAAUGGGUAUAAACCAGUAUUUAUCAUCACCACCAUUACCACCAUCAUUACCACCAUCAAUACCACCAUCAUUACCACCAUCAAUACCACCAUCAUUACCACCAUCAUUACCACCAUCAAUACCACCAUCAUUACCACCAUCAAUACCACCAUCAUUACCACCAUCAAUACCACCAUCAUUACCACCAUCAAUACCACCAUCAUUACCACCAUCAAUACCACCAUCAUUACCACCAUCAAUACCACCAUCAUUACCACCAUCAAUACCACCAUCAUUACCACCAUCAUUACCACCAUCAAUACCACCAUCAUUACCACCAUCAAUACCACCAUCAAUACCUGAUAGACAAAGAUUCCCUAACAAGAUAACCCCCCCUAAGGUUCUAUAUAGAAGUAGUGUAUAUAGUCAUUCAAAUUUCAGAGGUCCAUUAUUUUCACAGUGGGAAUUGUUACAACAAGUUUCAUCUCAAGGAGGAGCAGGGAGCAAUUUUAUCUUAUUUUUACCAGUCUCAAUGCCAUCUGAAUUUACCUAUUCAAUGAAUGCGAAGCAAUUUAUUGAGAAUUGUGUAUUGAUCUUAGUAUAUUUGUAUAAUAGAAAUAUUGAUCUCAAAUAUGACAGAAAUUCAAAUUCAUUGCAAGUUACUUCACUUUACAGUGGAUAUUCAACAAAAAAUUCAGGCUAUCCAAAGUCAAGCCAUACAUGUUUUUUAGUAAAAUUUCCUCAUAGUGAUAGAAAAAGUACUGGUCUUGUAACAGAAGAUAUGAUUUUAGUGUUGUUUGUGAAAUUUUGUCAAGUAGCUGCUCAAGUUCUUUAUGGUGUUAGCGAGACUUAUCCAUAA